CCCGCCCCGUCCGGCCGCGGCCUCGCUCCCUACGCUCCCCCCCCGCGCCGGGAUCCCUGGCACCCCUGUCUCGUCUGCUUGCCGAGUCCAGCCAUGGGCCCCGCUGCUCGCCCCCCGCUGAGGUCGCCCCCGCCGCCUCCUCCGCCGCCGCCGUCGCCACUGCUGCUGCUGCUGCCCCUGCUGCCGCUCUGGCUGGGCCUGGCGGGACCCGGGGCCGCGGCGGACUGCAGCGAGCCUGAGGCCGGGGCGGGGCGGGGCGGGGCCCGCGCCGUACGAGUGGACGUGAGGCUGCCGCGGCAGGACGCUCUGGUCUUGGAGGGCGUCAGGAUCGGCCCCGAGGUCGACCCCGCACCCGCGCUGGGCGGCCGCCUGCUGCUGAUGGACAUAGUGGAUGCUGAGCAGGAGGUACCCGUAGAAGGCUGGAUUGCAGUGGCAUACGUGGGCAAGGAGCAGGAGGCCCAGUUGCACCAGGAGAGUCAGGGCAGCGGUCCCCAGGCCUAUCCCAAGGCCCUGGUCCAGCAGAUGCGGAGGGCACUCUUCCUGGGAGCCUCUGCCCUGCUCCUCCUCAUCUUGAACCACAACGUGGUCCGAGAGCUAGAUAUAUCGCAGCUUCUGCUCAGGCCAGUGAUUGUCCUCCAUUACUCUUCCAAUGUCACCAAGCUGUUGGAGGCACUGCUGCAGAGGACUCAGGCCACAGCCGAGAUCACUAGCGGAGAGUCGCUGUCAGCCAACAUCGAGUGGAAGCUGACCCUGUGGACCACCUGUGGCCUCUCCAAGGAUGGCUACGGAGGAUGGCAGGACUUGGUGUGCCUGGGAGGCAGUCAGGCCCAGGAGCAGAAGCCCCUGCAGCAGCUGUGGAACGCCAUCCUGCUGGUGGCCAUGCUCCUGUGCACAGGCCUCGUGGUCCAGGCCCAGCGGCAGGCGGCCAGGCAGAGCCAGCAGGAACCUGGAGGCCAGGUGGACCUUCUCAAGCUCCGAGUGCUUCGGAGACUGGCAUCCCUGAAGACCCGGCGCUGCCGUCUGGGCCGCGCAGCCCAGGGCCCCCCAGAACCAGGUGCUGAGACCUGCGCCGUGUGUUUGGACCACUUCUGCCAUAAGCAGUGGCUCCGGGUGCUGCCCUGCAAGCAUGAGUUUCACCGAGACUGCGUGGACCCCUGGCUGAUGCUCCAGCAGACUUGCCCGCUGUGCAAAUUCAACGUCCUGGGGAACCGCUACUCAGACGAUUAGCUGCCCAAGCUGGGUCUCUGCAUGUGGGCAAAGGACCCUCCCACCUGCACCCUGGCCCUAGGCCUGGGCUCCUGGAACAGAACAGCGGGAUGGACAGGAAGGCGGUGGGGGGAAGGACAGGGGCCUCCCCUGCUGAGGGGCCAGGCACCCCAUCAUAUUCAUUCUGGGAAGGAGGGACCACACUCCCCAGUCUGAGGAUGCAGGGUCUGGACCUGCCAACUCAAGAAAGAGAAGCCACCUUGGGGCCCUUCUUCUACCAUCCUGGAAUGUCUGUGUCUGCCCUCCUCGCAGGCAGCUCCCGGGACCCUGGGCAGGGGCCCCAGGGAAGAAGUGGGUGGGGCAGCGCAGCUGGUCCCAGGGCUUUGGUGCCUCUCUGACCUGCCUGUCGGGGCAUCCCUGGGGACUGAGGCUGCGGUGGCUAGUCAGGUUUUGUGCUUAUUUAUUGGGCGCUGGGUUGUGGGAGGAUCCCGGCCUUUCAGGACACAUCUUGGUCAAGGCUAUGAUGUUCAACCCAGAGGCCCCUCCCCUGAUAGCGCCCUCAGCCCUUGGACAUGAGGGGCAGCAAGUACUGCCUGUCCAGCUGGACUCCCUCCCCAGGCCUGGCUGGGACCAGAGGCCUCAGAAGCCAUCCAGUCCUGUGCUGCUUGGCCAGGCUACAGGUUGCUGACCAGAGUACUUGAAGCUGCAGGAUAAACGUGGUGCAUCUUUUAGGGGCAGCUGGGUUUUUUAAGAUUUGGGGUAGGGGAGGUUUAAUACUGAAGUAAACAUGGAUAUAUUUUAACAUAAA